AUGGCCGACGACGAGUAUCAAUGCGUGUUGGAUGAGGCAUUUGACGCGGUGGUUGAAGAGGUGGAGCGAGGAGUCCAGGAGGAUGCGGAGCGUGCGGCGAGCUUUUCCGGUCGCUUCAGAAUGUUGCAACGACUCUUCCUCCAUAUAUCGAUGUCAUUGGCUGGGCGGUAUAUGUGCUUCACCCUCCGACGGGAUGCCAGUUGCCGGUUUAGACUGUCGACGUUGCAGAAGUGCACCGCUGCAAUUAGGCAGUUGGCCUAUGCCAGACCAGCUGACAUGUUCGACGAGUACCUGCAUAUGGGUGAGACGACUAGCCUGAAGGUUCUGUGGCAGUUUUAUAAGGGCAUCAGGGCCAACUUCGGUCAAGAGUAUCUACGAAAGCCAACCGCACACGACUGUAAGAUACUGCUGGAUAUGCACGGGAGGGUGCACAACUUUCUAGGGAUGAUGUACAACAUCGGUUGCAUGCACUGGGAAUGGAGGAACUGUCUGGUGGCGUGGAAAGGGCAGUUUAGUACCGACUUUGUGGCUGUGGAAGUGUUUUUGUGGCCGUAG